CCCAACGCGGCAGCGCGCGCGGCCUGCUUGUGCGUCUUUGCGUCUCUCGUCUUGUUCGCACUUCGUUUCAACUUUGUUCUCUCUCACGUUUUACGCACGUCUGUCACUCAGAAGUCUUCGCUUCGAUCUGUAUUUGACUUUCCAACUGACUUUCGCAAACUUACUUUUCGGAAGAAUACUUCCAAGUGACGAGGACAUGAGCUCCCGGGGCUGUGCUAACUUGUGUGCACUUCUGAAGGAGUUUCUUUCGAAGAACUCUGGUUCGGAUAUUCUGUGGGACAGUUUUACGUCGACUUGGUGAGAAGAUGCCUGACUUCCGCUCGUGGAGGCCUUCUACACUCAAAGGUGAUGCCAGCUGAAGAAGAGAUUACUUGACACAAUCACGUGGUCACAUAGUAACAGAACCAUGGAAACCGACGAGAACCUCUUAGCCACUACUGCCCCGCCCUACGCCGAUGACUUCACCCAGUCUCUACCCCCCUUCACCAACGGUACCACAGAACCCGUCUGCGACACCUCCACCCCUGUCCCGGAAGGCAUCCAAGCCCUCAUGUACAUAAUGUACAUCGCUGUCUCCGUUGCCGCCAUUGGGGGGAACGGCGUCGUCUGCUACAUCGUGCUCGCCUAUCAGCGCAUGCGCACAGUCACCAACCUCUUCAUCAUGAACUUGGCGAUCGGUGACAUCUUGAUGGCAUCGCUCUGCAUACCGUUCACUUUCGUAUCCAAUCUCCUGCUCGGAUAUUGGCCGUUUGGGGGCGUCAUGUGCGUUCUCGUGACGUACGCGCAGUGUGUUACUGUGUUUAUUUCCGCUUACACACUAAUAGCUAUUAGCAUAGAUCGCUACACGGCGAUAGUGUAUCCGUUAAGGCCGAGAAUGACAAAACUGCGUUCGAAGCUCAUCAUCGCGGUGGUGUGGAUUGUAGCGCUGGUGACGCCGCUGCCGACAGCGCUGGUGACGCAGCUGGUGCCGCACCCUUGUGCCAAUCAUACGUACUACUGUCUGGAACAGUGGGGGACCCCCGAGCAGACGACGUACUAUUCCAUGGCUCUGAUGAUACUGCAGUACUUUUUCCCGCUGGUUGUGCUCAUAUUCACGUACACGCGAAUAGCUAUCGUGGUUUGGGGAAAAGAAACGCCCGGUGAAGCUCAAGACGCGAGGGAUCAACGCAUGGCAGCAUCCAAGCGAAAGAUGAUAAAGAUGAUGAUCGCUUGCGUCGCCGCCUUCCUCCUCUGCUGGCUCCCGCUGAACAUCUUCAUCGUGGUGUCUGACCAGCAUCCGGAGAUUUACGAACUGGCUGCCAUCGGCUACAUCUGGUUCAUCUGCCACUGGCUAGCCAUGAGCCACGCUUGCUACAACCCAAUCAUCUACUUCUGGAUGAAUGCCAAGUUCCGGGCGGGCCUCCAGUCCACCUUCCGCUGCCUGCCCUUUGUGAAGCCAAGCGUGCAGACAACCACGUCAUAUGUGUCUGCUAGAAAGUUGACUUCCCAACGCAGUCCCAUCUGAUCCAGUUUGCCUUGCACGUCCUAUGGUCCCAGUGUGUCCGUGGUGUCAGAUGAUAAAGAUGAUGAUCACCGUGGUGACCGUGUUCAUGCUGAGCUGGUUCCCGCUGAACGCGUACAUCCUCCUGGCCGACCUGGAUCCCCGCAUCAAUCACUACGAGCACAUCCGCUACAUCUACUUCGUCAUCCAUUGGCUGGCCAUGAGCCACGCCUCUUAUAAUCCCGUCAUCUACUGCUGGAUGAACGUCAAGUUCCGGGAAGGAUUCGUCCACCUCUUCCGGCGUUGCUGGCACUCUGACGUCACCCAUACCGGAAGCCGCCGAAAGGGAUCGACAGGGGGCCCCGCUCUCCGCCGGUGUAACACUUACACAACGUAUGUAAGCGUUCGUGGUGGAAUAGGCUCCAGCAUCCGGCUGAAUGGUGGCAGGCUGUCCGAAGAUAGGCUUAACGGGAAGCUGGUCACGUUGUACGACGACGAACCGGUGUGAUAGCGAUAAAGGCGAUAACGCCGUGUGUAACGCGUUUUUGUUAUGUCCGAGUUUGGUGCGUUCGACACUUGCACAAAACGAAAGGUUACUAUAUAGUGACGUUGUAGUAGAUGAGGCAAUUCAACGUAGAACGACGAACACAACACGAUCCUCGUAAUGCCAAGUUGCAUGCUACACUCUUAAAAAUGAACUUCCACCGCACAGCAC